CUUUAAACCAGUUCAGACUGGAUCCACAAAGAGUUAGUCCGGGUUCUCGGCUUCUCCUAAAACUCAUUAGGGUUCUCCUCAAGCUCAUUAGUGUUCUCCUGAAGCUCAGUAGGGUUCUCCUGAAGCUCAAUAAGGAUCUUCUGAAACUCAAUAGGGUUCUCCUGAAGCCUGUUCCAUUGUUUAAUGAGACCUGUUCUGUUGAAUCGUUCCAGUUUGGCCCUUGACCUUUGACCUCAGGUUCCCCAUGGACGAUCAGUGCAUUCUGGUGGGGGAGCUGGACGGUGUUCGGAUCAUCAGCUCAACCAAUCAGGAGCUGCUUCAGGAGGUUCCUCUGGUCUGUCAGGACAUCUUCAAGAUCGCCUCCAUGGCUCCUGGAGCUCUGCUGCUGGAGGCCCACAGGGAGUACGAGAAAUCCAGUCAGAAGGCAGAUGAGUACCUGAGGGAGAUCAAGGAGCAAAGCAUGCUGGGAGAAGCAGUCCGACAGUGUGUGGAGGCAGCAGGACAUGAAUAUGACACCAACACCCAGAAAUCCCUGCUGAGGGCAGCGUCCUUCGGGAAAUGUUUUCUGACCGACUUCAGUCCGGAUCCUUUCGUGUCGACCUGCAGAGAACUGCGAGUUCUGAACGCAGUCAGAGAGAGCGACGUGGGCCUGCCACUCACAUACACUCAAUUCAAACAGAUGACUCUACAGGUACUGAUCGACAGGUUGGUGUAUCGACAGUUUUAUCCGUUAGCGAUAGAAAUCUGCCGCUACCUGAAGAUUCCAGAUUAUCAGGGAGUCAGCCGAGUCCUCAAACACUGGGCUUCCUGUAAGGUGCAGCAGAAGGACCUAUCAGACGAGGCGAUAGCCCGGGCCGUGUGUGUGAAGGUGGGAGACUCACCUGGGGUUUCUUAUUCGCACAUUGCAGCUAAAGCUUAUGAAUGUGGACGAACUGAGCUCGCCAUUAAGUUGUUGGACUUCGAGGCUCGGUCUGGAGAACAGGUUCCUCUGCUGCUGAAGAUGAAGAGGAGUCAGUUGGCUCUCAGUAAAGCUGUGGAGAGUGGAGACACUGACCUGGUUUACACGGUGGUGACUUACCUGAAAAACGAGAUGAACCGAGGAGACUUCUUCAUGACGCUGAGGAACCAACCGGUCGCACUCAGUCUCUACAGACAGGUACUUUUCUCAUUAGCAUCAUUAGCAUCAUUAGCCUUCUCCUCAGUCUAGCAUCAUUAGCCCGAAAUUCCACCGGGCACGGCUUUAUAACGUCACGUCUGCGACACGGUUUGGCUCUGAUC